UAUAUAUCAUUUAAGCUACCCAACCCAACCCCCCAUUUUCUAUCUCUGUCUCGCUUUCUCAACCAUAGAAGCCCUAGCAAAAUCUUUAACAUUCAAAUCUCUUAUUCCUCAUUUUCCACCGCAAGAAUGACCAAGAAGAAAGUUACCCAGAAGAAAGUGACCCAGAAGAUCAAUGACACCAACCAAGAAAAUCCACCAGAUCAAAAGACUCAACAAACUGAAGUGAAAACCCUUACUGACGAACCCACCAUGGAGGAUCUUUCAGUGAAGAUAAAGAAUCUGAAGAAUCUAAACUCCAUGCUUAUCAAAGAAACUAUUGAGAAGAGACAACAAGUGGAUUCAUUGAAUGAUUCUAAGGAGGCCUUGGAGUCUCAGUUGGCUCUGCUUAGUGCUGAAAAGAUAGAGUUGGUGGCUCAGUUGAGUGGGGAGAGUGAGAAAAAUGUUAUCUUGGAGACACAGAAUGGUUUGUUCAGCGCUUUUGUGAGGGCCCAGGUGAGUGAAAUGAGUCUAGACUUUAAUAAAGAGAAUUGUGCGAGGGAGAAUGAGAUUAGAUUUCUUCAGAUUGAGCUAAAUAAAUUAAUGGGUAAUCUUGAAAAUGAGAGGAGGAAGGUGAUUCAAAUUUGCCGAGAUAGGGAUGUGCUGAAAAGUUCUCAUGAACAGGAAGCUUUGAAGGCACAUGAGUUGAAUGAAAGAUUGGUUGAAAUGGAGAAAAAAGAGAAUGAUUUAAAAAAUGAAAUCUUGAGUCUAAAGAAAGAGUAUGAAAGAUCUAUGGACGAGAAAAAUGAGAGGGUCAGAGAUUUUGAAUCUUUAAAAGAAGAGAAAGGAUUCCUAGAGAUGAGAUUGGGUGAGACUAUGAAGGAAAUUGAAGGUUUGAAGGGGAAGAUUGAAGGGAUUUUAAGGGAAAAGAAAGAAGUGGAGAUUGAGAAAAGUGGGCAAAAGGUGAAAAUUGUUGAGUUGGACAAAGAAGUAGAGAAAUUGAAUGAGAUUAUUUUGGAAUUUCAAAAUGAGGAAAAAGUGUUGCGUGAAAAAGUUUUGGAAUUGGAAAAGAGAUUUAGUGAGGCUAGGGACAAGGAGAAGGAGAUGGCACUAAAGAUCAAUGCUUUGAUGAAUGACAAAACACAGAAGCAGAGUAGUAUUGAUAGGCUGAUGAAGGAAAAGGAGGAUAUCUCUCAGAGGCUGGACAUGGCCAUUGUGCAGCUAAGCGAUAAGGAGGGAAGGAUUGAGAAACUGUCAAGUGAGAAGAAUGAGACUGAAGAGAAGAGAGUCAGUCGGGAGAGUGAGAUUUUUGAGCUGCAUAAAGAGAUUGGGGAACUGAGGGAUGUUGUUUUUAUGAUGAAGGAGUCAAACAAGGAUCAAGAAGAGAAAAACAGGCACUUACUGGAUGAAGUUAGGGUCUUCAAAAAUGCUCUUGAUCAAGUUAUGUGUGAGAAGGAUGAUGCUAAAAAGGGUUUGGAUGAAGAGAAAAAGAAUGCCAUGGCAUUGCAGUCAAAAGUAUCAGAAAUGGCAAAAAAGAUGCAGGAGAGUGAAGGAGAAUUGACAAAAAUUAGGAAUGAGCAUGAGAGCCUCAUUGAGGAAAAGAAAAAAAUGCAGGAUCACAUAGGGUUGUUGACUGAGGAAAAAGAAUCGGUGCAGAAGAAUCUUUUGGAGGCAAAACAAGCUAUUGACAAUUUGAAGGCUGAAAUGGAAUCAGUUGGCUUCAACUCUGAUCGAGCUCUGAGGAUGCUGAAGAAAACUGCAGCUAUAGUGUGUCAAUCCAAAGACGACCUUGAUGGAAAGGAAAGAGUGUCGGCCAAUGAUGAGAAGCUUGAAGAUGAAACUCAAAUGCUUGUGGCUGAGUUGGAAACAAUCCAAACUGCAUUUAGGAACAAGGAGAAAUUGGUGGAAGACAUGAAGCAGCAAGUUGAGUUUCUGCAGAAUUCUGUGGCGGAGGCACAUAAGAAAAAGAGCUUCUGGACUAUGCUGUCUUCAGCAACAACUAUAUUGGCUGCAGCAUCUAUUUCAUAUGCUACUAGAAUGCGCUGAUUUGUUGAAUCUGCCAUCUAAUUUUUGUUAAUUAGGAGAUCUUGCAGGGGCUUUAAGAUUACUAUUCAAGUUCUACUUGACCACAUGCCAUUUUUGAUACUUGUCAACUUCUGCCAUGAAAAUAUUAAAUACUGUCUCUUUUGAAUGAUGCUGAAGUAACAAAGUUGUGUAACAUUUAAAAUGCUUUUGAGUCAAUCUAUUAUCCUUUUUCUCUGA